CCUAUUAUACGGAGAUUCCCUGAAGGCACCAGCAGCACUCGCGUGUGUGCGUAAAAACGUGCAGCAGUGGAGGUAGGAGAAACGAUGGCGGCCUAUGCGCUCCGACGAGGCUUUCUGAGUAGUGUUAGCAAAUAUAGCAGGAAGCACGCUCACAGGAUAUUGAGCAUCAGUGACACCAACAGUGGGUUUGAGGCGUACAAACCACGGUUACAAUGCCGAGCCUGCGGGCUGCUCAGCGGGACUCAGCACCGGAGGUUCAUGUCGUCACGCUGUUUCUCCACAGUGUAUUUGGUUACAGAGGUAUCGUCUUGUUUCCUUGGCACGCCCGUCUCUAUGACCGAGACAUCACCCCACCUGUGUCCGACAGCAAAUCUGAGCCUCUUAUAACCCACGGCUCCAAGGAGGUCAAAGGAAAAACUCACACCUACUACCAGGUCCUGAUCGACACCAGAGACUGUCCGCACAUAUCUCAGAGGUCUCAGACAGAAGCAGUCACAUUUCUGGCCAACCAUGAUGACAGCAGAGCCCUCUACGCCAUCCCAGGUUUGGACUAUGUGAGCCAUGAAGACAUCCUGCCUUAUAACUCUACUGAGCAGAUCCCAAUUCAACAUGAACUCUUUGAGCGCUUCCUCAUGUACAACCCUGCAAAAUCUCCUCCGUUCACAGCCAGAGACACUCUGAAGGCGUGGCAGGAGAAGAACCACCCCUGGCUGGAGCUGUCAGACGUCCACAGAGAGACCACAGAGAACAUUAGAGUCACAGUUAUCCCCUUCUACAUGGGAAUGAGGGAGGCCCAGAACUCCCACGUUUAUUGGUGGCGCUACUGUAUUCGUCUUGAGAAUUUGGGUAACGAAGUGGUUCAGCUGAGGGAGAGGCACUGGAGGAUCUUCAGCCUGUCUGGGACCCUGGAGACGGUCCGAGGACGAGGCGUUGUAGGCAGGGAGCCAGUGCUAUCUAAGGAACAACCAGCCUUCCAGUACAGCAGCCAUGUGUCUCUACAAGCCCCCAGUGGUCACAUGUGGGGAACGUUUCGUAUUGAAAGAUCUGAUGGCUCGCACUUUGAUGUCCGCAUCCCUCCUUUCUCCCUGGAAAGCAACAAAGACGACAAGGCGCCCCCUGCUGGCUACACGUUUUAACAGCGAGUUCUGUCAACGAAGCCUCGGACACCUUCCCAGUCCUGAUCAAGUUAUUUACAGUGUCUCCUGUCACAUUACGCUGAGGGAAGAUGUAAGGGUGGUCUAGAUGAUCCAGAUGCUGUUCCACCUAGCUUUUCUUCUGUUUGAACGCACCGAACAGUCUGUGUUGGAUGUAAAUGACAGUAGAAGCUCUGCUGCACGGACGUGUACAGUGAAACGUAAGAUCAAACUGAUGCUGCCAAAUUGAACAGGAUGGAUUCAGACGAGCAGUGAAAUGUUGGGCAGGAGGUUUCACAAAGGUGUUGAGUUUUAAAUCAGAGCCUCUUGUCUUCAAAACAGUUUUUUAAUUGAUGCCCAAAACCCAUAUAAGCUUAGAGUUUAUAGCAACAUAUCAGCCCCUUUGCUCUGAACCUCUUCUUGUCCUGCUUUAUAAACAACUUGAAUACACCUCAGUUAUGUUUGUUCACUGGAAGUCAUGUGGAAUGGGGAGAAGACUGGUUUUCAGUGCAGUGAACCACACUUUGGGACUAAAUAGACUUAAUGUUUAAAUAAUGUAAAAUCUCUGUAAAUCAGAAUGAUACAAAUCAUAAUUCAAAGAAUAAUAAUAAAUUAUUCUUGAGCAGAA